AUGUUAAGAAUUCUGUUGCUGUUGCUGAUGCUGCUCCUGAUGCUGGUUCAUGCUCACUCCUAUUACCACGAGUACCGUUACUGGGAAAUAAAUGAACCGCCUCCAAUUUGCUCGGAAUACGAAAUGCUGAUUGUGAAUACCCGUAAAUGUGUGCGCCGUUGCAAUAUUGUUUGCGUGCGCGGAGUUUGCUUCGAGGAUGGUCCGUGUCCCUGUGACGAUCAGUAUCAGAGUACCACAAGGGAUAGUGUUGUCUGUGCUGCAAAGUGCCUGCCGGGCUGCCAAGAGGCGGGCGGCUAUUGUGCGGGCCCCGAGCUGUGCAUCUGUCGCAAGGGCAAACACUACUACUUCGAUGCGGUUGCACGACUCUGUCGACAUCGAGGACCAGGACUCCUGGAUCCGUGUCACGGGCGCUGCAUUCACGGCCGCUGCUCGUACGAUGGUCGCUGCAUUUGUGCACAGGGCUACGAGAUGCGCAGCACUCUGCUCCACGGCGCCAAGUGUGUGCCCAUCUGCGAUCACGAUUGUGGCCGUAGAGCGUAUUGCUUUGCACCCAACAUGUGCGCUUGCCGGCACAAGCACUUCCACUACGCCUGGAACGGAAAGUGUAUUAAGGAUUAUUGAACUUGAUUUUAGAAAUUAGGAUAUACCUUUUUUAUGAUCUCAAAGGCACGAGUGUUAAAUUUA